AUUUGAAGACGACGGUGGAGGGUUUGGUAUCAAGCAACAGCCCCAACGUCUGGUCUAAGUAUGGUGGCUUGGAGCGGCUUUGCAGGGACAUGCAGAGCAUCCUCUACCAUGGGCUGAUCCAUGACCAGGCGUGCCGCCGCCAGACUGAUUACUGGCAGUUCGUGAAAGACAUCCGGUGGCUCAGUCCCCAUGCAGCCCUUCACGUGGAGAAGUUCAUCAGCUUGCACGAGAACGGCCAGAGCAGUGCUGAUGGUGUGAGUGAACCUGCUGUUGCCGAGCUGUGGCUGCAGCACAGCCUGCAGUGCCACUGCCUCUCAGCCCAGCUCCGGCCCCUGCUCGGGGAUAGACAGUAUAUCAGAAAAUUCUACACAGAUGCUGCCUUCCUGCUAAGUGACGCUCACGUCACGGCCAUGCUGCAGUGCCUGGAAGCAGUGGAACAGAACAACCCCCGUCUCCUGGCUCAGAUCGACGCGUCCAUGUUUGCCAGAAAGCACGAGAGCCCACUCCUGGUGACAAAGAGCCAGAGCCUUACAGCCCUGCCCAGUUCCACAUACACCCCUCCAACCAGCUAUGCUCAGCAUUCCUACUUUGGGUCCUUCUCUAGCCUCCAUCAAUCCGUGCCCAACAAUGGCUCAGAGAGAAGAUCUACUUCCUUUUCACUCUCUGGCCCUCCCCGGAAACCUCAAGAAAGCAGAGGGCACGUCUCACCAGCAGAGGAUCAAACCAUCCAAGCCCCCCCAGUUUCAGCCUCUGCACUAGCCAGGGAUUCCCCUUUGACCCCAAAUGAAAUGAGCUCCAGUACUCUGACCAGCCCCAUAGAGGCAUCCUGGGUCAGCAGCCAGAAUGAUUCCCCCGGUGAUGCCAGUGAAGGGCCUGAGUACCUGGCCAUUGGCAACUUGGACCCCCGAGGCCGGACUGCCAGCUGUCAGAGUCACAGCAGCAAUGCCGAGAGCAGCAGUUCCAAUUUGUUCUCCUCCAGCAGCUCCCAGAAGCCAGAUUCUGCUGCCUCUUCCUUAGGGGACCAGGAGGGAGGUGGGGAGAGCCAGCUGUCCAGUGUCCUCCGCAGGUCCAGCUUCUCAGAGGGGCAGACACUCACCGUCACCAGUGGGGCAAAGAAAAGCCAUAUUCGCUCCCAUUCGGAUACCAGCAUCGCCUCCAGAGGAGCUCCAGAAUCCUGCAAUGAUAAGGCGAAGUUGAGAGGCCCCUUGCCCUACUCUGGUCAAAGCAGUGAGGUCAGCACACCCAGCUCUCUGUACAUGGAAUAUGAAGGUGGUCGGUACCUGUGCUCAGGGGAAGGCACGUUCCGAAGACCGUCAGAAGGGCAGUCCCUCAUCAGCUACCUCUCUGAGCAAGACUUCGGCAGCUGUGCCGACCUGGAAAAGGAGAAUGCCCACUUCAGCAUCUCAGAGUCCUUAAUUGCUGCCAUCGAGCUAAUGAAGUGCAACAUGAUGAGCCAGUGCCUAGAGGAGGAGGGCGUGGAAGAGGAAGACAGUGACAGAGAGAUCCAGGAGCUGAAGCAGAAGAUCCGCCUUCGGCGCCAGCAAAUCCGCACCAAGAACCUGCUCCCCAUGUACCAGGAGGCUGAGCACGGAAGCUUUCGGGUCACCUCCAGCAGCUCCCAGUUCAGCUCACGUGAUUCGGCACAGCUCUCUGACUCUGGCUCUGCUGAUGAGGUUGAUGAAUUUGAAAUCCAAGAUGGUAGCGAAGGAUCUAACCUGACUCACAUAUCAAAGAACGGACUGUCAGUGUCACUGGCCUCGAUGUUCUCAGAUGCUGACAUCAGAAGGAACACAGCCUCAAGCAGCAAAUCCUUUGUUUCCUCCCAGUCCUUCUCCCACUGCUUCCUGCACUCCACAUCUGCUGAGGCGGUGGCCAUGGGGCUCCUGAAGCAGUUUGAGGGGAUGCAGCUUCCAGCCGCCUCGGAGCUGGAGUGGCUUGUCCCGGAGCAUGACGCCCCUCAGAAGCUCCUGCCCAUCCCUGACUCACUGCCCAUCUCACCGGAUGACGGGCAGCACGCUGACAUCUACAAGCUGCGGAUUCGUGUUCGUGGCAACUUGGAGUGGGCACCCCCCCGGCCUCAGAUAAUUUUUAAUGUUCAUCCAGCCCCAACGAGGAAAAUUGCUGUGGCCAAGCAGAAUUACCGCUGUGCAGGAUGUGGCAUCCGGACUGACCCUGAUUAUAUCAAGCGACUGCGGUACUGUGAGUACCUGGGCAAGUACUUCUGCCAGUGCUGCCACGAGAAUGCCCAGAUGGCCAUCCCCAGCCGGGUUCUGCGCAAGUGGGACUUCAGCAAGUACUACGUCAGCAAUUUCUCCAAGGACCUGCUCAUUAAGAUAUGGAAUGAUCCUCUCUUCAACGUGCAGGACAUCAACAGUGCCCUCUAUAGGAAGGUCAAGCUGCUCAAUCAAGUCCGGCUGCUGCGGGUCCAGCUGUGUCACAUGAAGAACAUGUUCAAGACCUGCCGACUGGCCAAGGAGCUUCUGGAUUCCUUUGACACAGUCCCCGGCCACCUGACAGAGGACCUCCACCUGUACUCACUGAAUGACCUGACUGCGACCAGGAAGGGGGAGCUGGGGCCCCGGCUUGCUGAGCUCACCAGGGCAGGGGCUGCCCAUGUGGAGAGAUGCAUGCUCUGCCAAGCCAAGGGCUUCAUCUGUGAGUUCUGUCAGAAUGAGGAUGACAUCAUCUUUCCCUUUGAGCUCCAGAAGUGCCGGACCUGUGAAGAGUGUAAAGCAUGUUACCAUAAAGCCUGCUUCAAGUCUGGAAGCUGUCCGCGCUGCGAGCGGCUGCAGGCCCGGCGGGAGGCACUGGCCAGGCAGAACCUGGAGUCUUACCUGUCGGACUACGAGGAGGAGCCCGCGGAAGCGCUGGCCCUGGAGGCUGCCGUCCUGGAGGCCACCUGAAGAAAGCACGUGAAGCCUCCCUCUGGGCCGGGGUCACACCUGUUGCAGAACUGAGCCACUCUUUGAAGGACUUGCCCCACCUGGGGCUUCUUUUUUUUUUUUUAAUUAUCAUCAUCUUUUUUUUUCUUUAGUGACUUGUCUGACGUCCGUGUGCAGUCAGCCGUCGGUAGGUUGAUGGGUCCAGUCUGUGAUGACAGAUAAUUUGUAAGCACCAGGUGUUUUCAUCAGAACCGACGUGCGGGUCCUACAGUGAAGCUUCUAGUGCCUCUGUCAGUGGCAGAGACAGCAAGACCAAGUUCUUCCAGCGUCUGUGGCCUUCUCCUCUAGGUUUCACCUGCGCGUCAGGUAUCAUUUCCAAUUUUCCUUUGUUUCCGUUCUGGAGCUUCUGAGCCAGGCCUUUCUCAGCCACCUCUCCUCCUGCUGCUGAAACGGGGAUGGCGUUUUCCCUCCCCUGUCCUGGACUGGGGUCAGACUGUGCCCCGAGGAGAAGCAGCAGAGAAUGGGACUACGUCGUGGGCAUUUUGUCCACUUCUUUGGGUAUUUUGGGGGCCACAGAACAAUCAUGACUAUCCUAGACUCCUCAGAGACCUCAGAGGCAGCCGUGAAGGUCCCUGUGUUGCUGGGAUUUCCUGUUUGAAAUAUUUGAAGCAUCGAUGAUGCCACAAGCUGACUUUCUUCGUCUACCCUGGUGAGCUUGAAGCAAAGAACAGAACUGAUGCUCAGGCCAGGCUCAUCUGUAGCCUUACGCCGCAAGCACACGUGAGGCGACAGCUCUGUCACUGAAGGAGCGCUUACUCAGAGGAGCUGUCGGCCCCCUCUUAGGUGUUAAGGUCUCUUUUAGUUAACCUGGCUUUUUGGUGCAGGUGUGAUCUUUGAAGCUCAGGCAGGUCCCUGAUGCCAUCCUAAGGUGAGGACAGGAACCUCACCCACCAUCUUCUUAGCGUGUCCCUGAUGACUCUGUCCUCUGUUAGAUGGUCACUGUGGUUCUGAGUAAAAGUGCAACCCAACUCCGUUCUCUCUCCCCUUCCUGCAGCAGAGCUGGGUCCUUCCCUGGUGGCUGAGUCUCUCUUGCCUUAGCUUCUUUGGUCAAAGUUGGAGAAAAGCUUCCUGCUAUUAGUGCUGUUACAGAACUUGACAGUUUGUGGAUGUGAGUGUGAAUGUUCCUGUGUUCUUGGGAUAACAAGAGCCUUUAUGCUAAUUAUGCACUUAACUCUGUGUAGGCUGGUAAUGUUUAUCUGUUCAUUUGAUAAUGCUGAUUUUAGUGUGCUGCCCUCCUCCCGCCCAUUAAUGUGUGUGUUGGUGGUGAAGUCCUUCUGAUAAUGCUGAUUUUGGUGUGCUGCCUCCCCCUGUUAAUGUGUGUGUUGAUGGUGAAGUCCUUCUGAUAAUGCUGAUUUUGGUGUGCUGCCUCCCCCUGUUAAUGUGUGUGUUGAUGGUGAAGUCCUUCUGAUAAUGCUGAUUUUGGUGUGCUGCCUCCCCCUGUUAAU